AACUGCCACAACUGUUGAAGUUUUGUCAACAAACUACCUGAACAGUUGAACUAAACUGGUGAUUUUAGCAGAUUCAGCCAACACAUGAGUUGGUUGUCUCUAUAUGAAACAAUCAGAUGUCCAAUCUUGAUUUAUUUUUAUUUUAACCACGCAGGUAGACCUAAUAAUAAGACGAGGCCCUGAUAAGGAACUGGAGACAGCAUAUGGAGAGGACAAACAUGUCUGCUGCAAGAAAAGAACUACAGGAGGCCUUGUGCUGCUACACCGCAGAUACCCUCAUCUACAUCGACACAGUGAGAGAGUUCUGUGAGAGGAGCCCUAAAUGGAUGCUUGGGAGGGAGAAAGAGUUGCACAUGAUGGUGGACAUCAAAGAUAGGGCUGACAGCAUCGGCCUAAGCAUCGGCCAUGUUACCCAGUCAGAGAACAGAGGUAAGAGGGGUAAUGCAAUUUGGGAAUAUAUGAAGAGCAAGGUGACUGCAGACAGCAGACGUGCAGAGCUGGAGAAGGAGCUGGCUGCUGUGCUGAAGGACACUCUGAGAGGCCUGGAGAAGCUCCACAGCUUCCUGGAUGCAGUAGAGAAUCUGGCGGUCACCUCACUCCAUGUGUUCAUGGAGGAGAACCAGGGGUUACAUUUGCCAGAAGGGAUCAGCCUCGAACAAGUUCAGGUUGUCAUCACUGCUGCACGGGAAAUCUGCCAUCUCCUCCUCAAGUUUAAAAGAGAUGCAAGUGUCUUCUUCCUUCCCAAACUUCAGAAUGUGGAAGUGCUGUCAUAUCAGCUGGACAGAUACAUCCAGACCACCCAGAAAAUCUGUGAGAAGUUAGAGAAAAGCUCCUUCAGUGACUUUUUCCUGAAUAUGAACACCAAAACUCUGGUAGACCUCGAUGUGGAUUUGUCUGAAGAUGACAUACAAAGGAUGCUUCAUCACAUUAAUCAGCUUGAUGAAAUCAGGGUGAACCAGAGCUUCAGGACAGUGUUCCUGUUUCAGGAGGAACCAUGUUCUGGCUUCAUCAGUGAGUUCAGCGAGCGAAAGCCCAGGAUGCUGAAGUUUCUAGUAGACCUGGAGGAGAAUGCUGUUCAGCUAGACAGGAUGAAUAAGGGGGCAAAGAUCUCCAGUGUGGCAGGCAGCUCGGUGGGGUUAGCUGGAGGUGUGCUUUCCAUCAUUGGUUUGGCAUUAAUUCCUGUAACAGCUGGAGCGUCUCUAGUUCUGACAAUGACUGGGGUGGGGCUGGGAAUUACCAGCGGAGUCAACAGUGUCGUCACCACCGCCACAGAGGUUGGCGUGAACUGUAAACAUCAAAAGAAAGCCAGUGAGACCUUCCAGAGCUUCAUGGAGGAUGUGCAGUGUCUCCAGGAUUGUCUGGAGGAGGUCACCAAAAGGGAAACGAGCCAGAUAGAUGUGGUUGUUGGAGUGGGCAAGGUGCUUGGUAAAGUUUGUGCUAUUGGGAAGGGUAUUGAUGGGCUUGUUGAUGCUGCCUCAGCUGUUAAGUUGUUAAAAACUGAGGAGCUGGCUGUAAGUGCUGGCAGAGUGGCAGUGCAGGAAGGAAAAGCAUUACGUAACGUGCCCAGGAUGGCGGCAGAUAUCCCAGAUAUUGGUCAGGCAGCAGUCAAAGGGCCUCUUGCCCUCUCCAACUCAGCCAGAGCCGGUUUCAUCGGGCUCAACGCUCUCUUCCUCGGCAUGGAUGUCGUCUUCAUCUGUAAAGACAGCAUCAGUCUGGCCAAAGGCAGCGAGACUGAAGUCUCUCAGUUCAUCAGAGCCAGAGCUGCACUCUGGCGUUCAGAGAUGGACUCAUGGCAGAAGAUCCAUGACUUCCUUUGUGAAGGUCAGCUGACAUCAAAGAAAAAUAAAGCUGACCUGGAGACGCCAUUUUAUCCAGAGAGAGAGAUGAAGCAACUCGGAGAAACAAAAAUGGGAAUUCCAUUUGAUGAAGUGGAUGAAAAGUGAAAGAGGAAAGUUCUUGUGUAAUACAGUAGUGCUCAGAGACAAUACCAACUCUGACACUAUGAUCAGAUAUGAGAUCCAUUUAAACUUUGCUUACGGCUCACUGUUCAGCAUCAAACAUCAUUACAAUCUAUCUUUGAGGAAGUUUUAAUCAGCUGUAAUUCUCACGGCAUAAACCAAUGUAUCGCUAAACCUGAUUCAAAACAUAACACACUGUCAUUUAGCACUUUACCUGAUGAUAAAUGUAACUGAAAAAUAUAAUUACUAUUUUAAUCCUAGAGUUGCAAUCACUGUCAUAUAAAAAUAUAAUUAGAGCAAAAAAUGUUAUGCGCAAUACAUUCUGUACAAUCUGUAUGAUCUUCAUUAUUAUGUUUGUAUAAUUCAGUCUGCCAUUUCUCUUGCACAAAAAUAAAUACAAUUUUAAAAAG